UCGAAAGAGACCAGUCCGCUGGUUCCAUCCUGUCCGUUGGAGAGAAGCUUCUGUAUAUCGUCGUCGUUCGCGGAGAAGAAGCUUUUCAACAUACGCGCGCGACCAAAGUUUUCAAAGCUUUCGAGAAACAAGUUCGUCGUCUCAUCUCGCGUCGGAACUCUUGAGGGUUCUUCUUGUCACCGAACGUCGAUAUCACCGUGUGAACAUUUUCUUUUUCUUUACACCUGAAAAAAAGAAUAUAAAAAUCAGUGAUUGAGAUAUUUUCAAAAAUUAAAAAUGGAAUGAUAAUCGUUUUAAGUGCUAAGAAAAAAAAAAUAAUUAGUAGUUGUUUAAUAACAAUAUUUUAGUUAUUUAGUUAGUGUUAAAAAAACCAGCAAUUUAAACUGUAUUAACUUGUUUAAAACUUUAAAAAGACGUGUGUGGAAAUUUAUGUCGUUUUAAAUGAAGUGAUUUGGAUUAAAUUUAGUUAAAAUAAUAAUUAAACCGUUUUUGUGCUACAAUUUUCAUUUGUGAUUCUUCACCAUAGAGGGUGCUAUGAUCACGAUGGAGUGUCAACCAGGUGGUCAUGGUGGUCACCUGGGACACUCCAUGAUGUUGGAUCCAUCGUCCAGUGUAAUACAUCAACAGGAAGCUGAACAGAAGAAGAAACGUGAAAGCGGAUCGCACGUGGCUACAUCCGGAGAUGAAGCUGUUCCUAAUCAACAAUACAUGACCCAUCAAUACGCAGUCCAUAACACCAACAGUAAAGAAGAUUCUGAAGGUCAUGGUGGCGUAAAUCAAUUGGGUGGUGUCUUUGUUAAUGGUAGGCCCUUACCAGACGUAGUGAGACAAAGGAUAGUUGAAUUGGCCCACAAUGGCGUUAGACCCUGUGAUAUUUCGAGACAGCUAAGGGUGUCCCAUGGCUGUGUCUCCAAGAUUUUGUCCAGAUAUUAUGAAACGGGUAGUUUUAAGGCGGGUGUUAUCGGCGGCUCGAAACCUAAGGUGGCAACACCGCCGGUGGUGGAUGCGAUAGCGAACUACAAGAGAGAGAAUCCGACCAUGUUCGCAUGGGAGAUACGGGACAGAUUGCUGGCGGAAGGCAUUUGUUCGCAAGAUAACGUGCCCAGUGUCUCAUCGAUUAACAG